CCGGUUCUGUGUGAAGUGGGCUGUGGAGCCUGAGUCCAUGGAAUGGCGGAGACUCUGUCAGGCCUAGGCGAUUCGGGUGCAGCGGACGCAGCGGCUCUGAGUUCCGCCUCUUCGGAGACUGGGACACGCCGCCUGAGAGAUCUGCGGGUGAUCGACCUGCGCGGGGAGCUGAAGAAACGUAAUCUAGACUCUAGCGGCCACAAGAGCGUUUUGAUGGAGCGCCUGAAAAAGGCAAUUGAAGACGAGGGGGGUAAUCCUGAUGAAAUUGAAAUUACCUCCGAAGGAAACAAGAAAACAGCAAAGAGAUCCAGCAGAGGGCGUAAACCAGAAGAGGAGGGUGCAGAAGAUAAUGGGUUGGAGGAAAGUUCUGGAGAUGGACAGGAGGACCUUGAAACAAGUCUGGAGAACUUGCAGGACAUCGACAUGAUGGAUAUCAGUGUUUUGGAUGAAGCAGAGACAGAUAAUGGGAGCGUUGCAGAUUGUGUGGAGGACGAGGACACUGACAAUCUGCAGGAGUCCUUAUCUGACAGCAGAGAGCUGGUGGAGGGGGAGAUGAAGGAGCUUCCAGAGACAAAUAAAAGCUGCAGUAAAGGGAAUGACAUAAUUAGCAGCCAAUCAACGUCUGGAUCUAAAGAAAGAGCAUCCAAGAGCCAGGAUCGCGAAUCAGGCAGCAGAGACAAACGGUCUGCUGUAUCUGUUGAUAAAGUCAAAGAGCCUCGGAAGCCCAGGGACUCAGAGUCCCGCCGGGUGCGUGAGCGCGGUGAGCGGGAGCACCGCAUGCAGGCCCAGUGGGAGCGCAAGGAGUGGGAGCGGCUGGAGAUCUCCCGGGAGAGGCUGGCCUGCCAGCGGCAGCGGCUGGAGCGGGAGAAGCUGGCCUUCCAGCGGCAGCGGCUGGAGCGGGAACGCAUGCAUGUGGAGCGUGAGCUCCGCAAGGAGCAGGAGCGCAUCCGCUGGGAGCGUGAGGAGCUGCGGCGCCAGCAGGAGCUGCACUACGAGGAGCGACGGCCCUCCAUACGGCGGCCCUACGACCUGGACGGCCGACGAGAUGAUGCCUACUGGCCAGAAGCCAAGCGGGCUGCUCUGGAUGACCGCUACCAUUCUGACUUCAGCCGCUCAGACCGCUUCCAUGACUUUGGCCACCGUGACCGUGGCCACUACUCCGACCACUCGGUAGACAGGAGAGAAGGUUCCAGAUCGAUGAUGGGAGACAGAGAUGGACAGCAUUACCCCAAUCGCCAUGGAGGACCAGAGCGCCACCGCCAAGACUCCCGAGAUGGAUCCGACAAGAGGAUGAGUGGAGGCAGGGGGCUGCCUCCCCCACCCAGACGUGACUGGGGGGACCAUGGCCGAAGACUGGAUGAUGACCGUGCAUGGCCAGGUGGUGCUGAGGGAGGCAUGAUGGACAGGGACCACAAGAGAUGGCAAGGUGGAGAAAGAAGCAUGUCUGGCCACUCUGGGCCAGGCCACAUGAUGAGCCGGGGCGGGAUGUCGGGGCGGGGCAGCUUUGCCCCCAGUGGAGCCUCCCGGGGCCACGUGAUGCCGCGUGGCGGGAUGCGGGGAGGAUUUGGAGGCCAGGCCCGAGGGAACAGACCGAACAAAGCCCGCUUCACCCGCCGCUACUAA